AUGAGUUGGGGAUAGCCAGAAGAAGUGCCUUAACAAAAUUAAUAAUGGGGUAAUAAUAAUUAACAAUCAACAUGGGGGAAUACGGAAACAACAUUAGGAAAUAAUGGUGAUUAAGGAUAAGAUAAUAAGGCUGCUUGGGGAGAUUCAAAUAAUGGUUAAGAGAAUAAAGGAUUUCGAGGAAGAGGCGGAAGAGGUGGGAGAGGAGAUAGAGGUGGAAGAGGAAGAGGAGGUGAUAGAGGAGGUAGAGGAGGUAGAGGUAGAGGAAGAGGUAAUAAUGAUAACAAGGAGGAAGGAGAGAUUAAAACUUAAAAUGAUGUUGGAGGAGGAUGGGGUUAAUAAACAUAAGAAGGAUGGGGUUAAAAUUAAUAAGAAAAUAAAGAACCAACAUAAUAAUAAUAAUGGGGUAAUGGUGGAGAUACUUGGGGUGGAAAAGGAGAAGUAGCUACUGAAAAUGGCGGAGGUUGGGGAUAAUAGAAUACAGAAACAUAAGGUUGGGGAGGAAAUUAAGAAACAAAUAAUUAAGAUGGUUAAUAAGAUGAAUCAAGAGGUAAAGGAAAGGGUAAGAAAAGAGAUUCUCCUCCUCCUGCUAAAAGAGUUAGACCUAAUCCUAUUGUUAUUACAGUUGAAGACGAUGAAGAUAGUGAAACCUAAAAUAUUAUUAUUAAUGAAUACCCGGGAUUAUAAAAUAAAAAGAAAGGAUUAAUCAAAACUGAAGAGUAAUAAGUUUGCUAUGAAGGCAAUAUUAAAAUAGAAGAAAAUGUUAUAAGUACUUAAUUUGUUAGUUUUGAUACAGAACUAAAGGUUAAAAUUGAGUAAAUUGAAGAUUACACUAUUGAAAAUGCUAAAGACUUGCUUAAAAGUAUAGGAGAUUAAAUUAUUGUGGGAAUUGUUUUAGGAGUUGAUAAAGAUAAUUAAAAGGCAAUUAAUAAAUUAGCAGAUAAUUUGUUAGACAAGUAGCAAUCAUUUCAUUUCAAAGAUGUCAGUCUAUUUAGCAUCAAAUAAUUCUAUAAAGGAUAAAGCACCUCAAGAUUGGCUUUUGUUAAGCAGAUUUAAGCUUGAAAAUUAU